GAGGACCCGGAAACAGCUGAUCCUGUUGUGUGCUCUGACUACGGCUACCUGGCCGACGACGGCAGUGAGGACACAGCGUUGCCGAUGCUGGUGAUAAGGGAUCGCCGUACCAAGGGGUAUGCGGCGACGGCAGUGCCCCAGAAGGGAGUGCACCCGUACCCUGUCAAGUUCUUCGCGGGCUACUUGAAGGAGCUCGGUUGGAAGAGGUACGUGAGCCGGUCAGACGGCGAACGCAGCCUUGUAGCCUUGAAGCAGGCCGUGGCUGACCAGAUGCAGGCAGUAGAGACUGUCAUGCAGGAGUCUCCUGUAGGAGACCACGCAGCGAAUGGUGAGGCUGAGAACGCGGUCAAGGAGGUGAAACGCAUUGUGCGUGCGCAGAAGGAGACGUUCGAGGAGAGGCGCGCCACCCAUGCCGCCGGCGGCAGCACAGGCGCCGCCACCGCCCGGCGACGAGCGGCCUCGCGGAAGGUUGACCUCUCGGCGGAGGAGCUGGAGGAUAUCACCCAUCUAGGCUUGCAGCUGGGAGCCGUGGAUGUCCGUGAAGAGUGCCCGCUUCUGUGCCAUGUUGCGCUUUCGUGCCACUUGGGCCUGAGACCUGGGGCGAGCGCAGACAUGCAGGCAAAGAGACCGAAUGGGGGGCACUGGGACUUCAGGAAUGAGGAGGACAGGAAGGAGUGGUACGACACGCUGGAGCGCGAGGAUCCGUACAUCCUCAUCGGAUCACCUCCUUCCACGGCGCUUGCAGAGCUACAGGGUGCAUCCCGGCUCAGGCGGGACCCGGAGAAGGCCCUUCAAGAGCAAUAUCUUGCAGAACGUCAUCUUGAGGUGGCUUGUGAGAGCUAUCGGAGGCAGAUGGUUCGGGGCAGGUACUUCGUGCACGAGCACCCCCACGAAGACAGCAGCUGGGACUCGACUGUCGUCCAGGAGCUGCUGGGGCAGAACGCCGUGGAAAGGGUCAGAGGAGCCGUGUGCAAGUGGAGCGCAAAGCCUGCGGGCCAAGGAGAGCCCCCUUCAGGCGCGCAAGGGUUCAUCCGGAGGCGAGCCGGAUUUAUGACCAACAUGCCCGAGCUUGCGCUGGAGCUCAAAAAGGGGUGCUCUGACGACGCGGGGCCGGAGCAGCACCGGCACGUGCCACUGACAGGCGGCUUGGCCCGCAGGGCACAAGUGCAUCCUCCGAUGCUGGCGCGAUGUGUCCUACGAGCAGUAAAUGAGUCCAUGAAGAAAGAUGGAUCCCUCUCUGGCCUGGCGGAGGCUACGGCUGGCCCGGCACCUACAGAGCCCGACACCUACGAGCAGGGCAGAUCGUUCUUGGAGGAGCACGAGAGGUACUGGGACGACGUCAACGGAGCAGUGCUCAAGCAGGACGGGCACGAGGCAGGGAAGGCGAACCCGGCCCUGUUCUACAAGAAGGCCGACGACUGUCGGUCUUUAGUGCACGGAGACGACGUCUGCGCCAUGGGCGACGACGACGCCCUGGACCAGAUCGAGCACACUUUGCGGAAGAAAUACGACUUGAAGCUGCUCACUUCGAUCGGAACGCUCUCGGGGAAGUUCGAGAUAGGGUUUAGGCUCGACACAGUACUGGGCGCAUUCAAUUGUGUGACAUUCCGACAAGAGUUCGCAGUAGUCAUGUGGUUCACUAAGUGGCUGUACGGCAUCCAGAAGUUCGCAGGCGACGUUCUAGCGAUGUCUGGGGGCGGGCUGGGGAUGAGCGAACAGUUAGAAGCAGAAGUAAACUCGAUCAAGUACGCGCCACUAGACGACACAGUGGCCGAAGGACACUCGCCGACGCAGGUGGCCGAGGACCAGCCAACGCAACCGCUCUUCGCAAACGACUACGGGGGCGACCAGCCUGACGUGGCCAAGAACGACGGGCAGGGCGAGCAGUGCGAGCAGGAGGGCCCCGAGGCCAAGCAGCAAAAAAACAAUGCGGGCGACGCCUCCGAGAUGUCCCACAUGACCGAUGAUUGUGAUAUGGUUGGUGAUUCUCCGAGCAAGGGCGGGUAUGAUAUUCCGAUGGGCGUUUGCGGGCUGUGCGACCUAAAGGAUACUCUUGCGAACCUCUGCUGCGAGAAGAAGGGCAUGAAACUUCAUCAGCGGUGCUUCAACGCCAUUCGGGCGCACGACGCCUCCGUGGAGAAGGGAGCCCCAGAACAGGUCAAAGACAAAAUGGAAAACGAAUUUCAUAAUGAUCGCAAGGGAUGGAAGACUCGAGUUCUGCCCUGGGUGGAGCCUGAAAAAAGAGAUGCAGCUCGGACAGACACCAAGGCCAAGUUCAUGAGCAUACAGGACACCAUCAGCAAGGAGACGAAGAAGGACCUGAAUGACGAUUUGACCCUCAACUUGGUUCAGUUCCAGGCCUUCCACGGUUUCUGGAACCGCAUGUCCGACCCAGACGACGACAAGAAAUCUAACAAGUCAAGUGGCAGGCGCAGCAUCGUGGACAUCAACAUCGACGACCAGACCAGGGGGCGCAAAUUGCCAACCCAGUCUGAAAUCAACGACUGCGAUCCCGUGAGGUUCAUGAUGAUGAAAACAAUGUGGCGCAAAAUGUCGGAACACGUGUCCAAAGGAUUCCAAGACCCAUCGACGGGCUACAUCAAGCAGUUGAGGCAAGCAUCAGAAGGAGUUUCUCAAACUCAGGAGCGGGGCCUACCAUUGCCCACGGCGACCUUGAUCACCAACCUGACUACUAUGUAUCAAGACCUCGACCAAGAGACUGAUAAGGUCAAACCUGCUAACAAGGCUACAUUCCUCAAGGUGGUCACAGACAUCGACGAGAAGAUGAAGAAGCUCGAAAACGAGAAGGGCUCGGUGAGGGACCAGCUCUCCGGCCUCAAAUUCAUCAAUGACGAGUCGAAGGACAAGAACAGGAAGGAGUACAUGAAUCACUACAACAAGUCAGUUAACAUCCAGAAGCGCUUGAUUAAAGGCCAGUUCGCCAAGGAGGUAGCCAACACCUGGUCGAGGUCCCUGUACGCUGGCGUCGGGGAGGAGCAGAAGGCUGCGAUGCUUGGUGGAGUAGCAGACGCCAGCCAGAAGGACAAGGCCAAGGGCGGGAGGAAGGUGAAGCCGCUGAUGUUGCAAUGCCAGCCCACAUUGAAUUCUGAUCCUAUUGACUUCGAGAAGGUCGGCACCUGGACAGAUGGAGCUCUCUUCGGCGCUGUGAAGAAGUACAUGGCUACGAUCAAGGAGGUCAUCGAUUCCAAGAUCGAGGGCGUCGUGCAGCACGCGCUCGAUGUUCUUGGUGAUGGCUACUUCGAACUGGGCGCGAAGGAGUGGGUGCCGCGGCUCUGCACAGUGAGGGCCGACGCGUUCAGGUGCGGACCGUCCGCAUUCCCAUUGAACGGGUACUCUAGCUUAGUGAUCUCGCUCACCGAUAACAUGUGUUUUGUCCUACUUCCAGCUGCCAGCAUCAUCAACCAAGGCAUCAUCCUAGCCGACGCACCAAAGUUCUUGGCUUCUGAUGGCGCUACGUCCACGUUGGAGCGUGGCUACUUGGUGAAGGCGAAGAUUCAAGAGAUCCUAUACGUGCCCUACGGCGCCAUCGUGCUACCACUCUUCUACCCGCAGAGCCGCGACAGCAACCAGAAGAACGAGCUGGGCCAUUGCAUGGUCUUGCCGCUGCUGCACCAGCAGCGCAUGAAGGCAGCGCCCACCUCGCUCACCACGGCUAUUUCCAGCACCAACCUCAGCUUUCUGACCAGCCAGCCCCAGCAGAUGCACAAGGAUAGGGCCAGUGGGCUUCGCAAGUUUCACGCCGACUAA